GGCUCUCCCGGUUCCCGGACUCUGCAGCGGCGACCCGCCAAGACUCUCUGCUACCGCCCGGCUGCUCGUGUAACUCCCCGGGUAGGCUACACCGACAAGGCGGUGGGUCAUCCUACAUCUGACGGGUUAAAAAAUUUGUCCUCCACCUCGAUGGAAGCGGACGGUUUCGUGUCCCGGCGAACGUCCCUGGAAACAGCGGGCGUCGACAGCCGGGUCGCAGGCACCGCAGCCGGGGCAGAGUUUCGAUGGCUGGGCGGGAGGCUCCUGGACACCACGGGGGGAUUCGUUGGGUCUUUUCCGCCGAGGAAGACGGGGGAAUCGGGAUUUGCCCCGGUGUUGCAUCGGGCAACUCCGGAGACCUCGACCUCUGUGGAGCCAGAAAUAGACUAUGAAGGACUGCCUCAAGGAGUAGCGACCAGCACACAUAUGCUGGCAGGAUCCGUGGCUGGCAUCAUGGAGCACUGCCUUAUGUACCCCAUCGACUGUGUCAAGACUCGCAUGCAGAGCCUUCACCCCGAGCCGGGGGCGCGCUACAGGAACGUGAUGGACGCGCUGCGGCAGAUCGUGCGGACGGAGGGCGUGUGGCGGCCGAUCAGGGGCGUGAACGUGCUGGCGGUGGGGGCGGGGCCCGCGCACGCCCUCUACUUCGCCUGCUACGAGAAGAUCAAGUUCUCGCUCGGCGACGCCGUUCACCCCGGCACCAACAGCCACUUCGCUAACGGGGUGGCAGGCUGCGUGGCUACGUUGCUGCACGACGCCAUCAUGAACCCAGCAGAAGUUGUGAAGCAGCGCAUGCAGAUGUUCAACUCGCCGUACCGCGGCGUGCUGGACUGCGUGGGCUCGCUGCUGAAGCGCGAAGGCCCGGGCGCCUUCUACCGCAGCUACACCACCCAGCUGACGAUGAACGUGCCGUUCCAGGCGCUCCACUUCAUGACCUACGAGUACCUCCAGGAGCUGCUCAACCCCCACAGACAGUACAACCCUUCCUCCCACGUGGUGUCGGGCGCCCUCGCCGGGGCCCUGGCCGCCGCCGCCACCACCCCCCUCGACGUGUGCAAGACCCUCCUCAACACGCAGGAGGCCCAGGCCGUCCACGUGGUCCAGGCCGAGGCGUCGGCGGCGGCGGCGGUCGGGGCGGCCGCCGCCUCGGCCGCCGGCAGCCGCCACAUAUCCGGCCUCGGCGAGGCCUUUCGGACGGUGCACAGAAUGGGCGGCGUGCCGGCGUUUUUCAAGGGCGUCCAAGCCCGCGUCAUCUACCAGAUGCCCUCCACCGCCAUCAGCUGGUCCGUCUACGAGUUCUUCAAGUACAUCAUCACCAAGAAGCAGCACGAGCGGCGGCUGCGCGGGGAUCGGGACGCGGACAAGUGAGCGGCAACGCGGCGGUUUAUGGCGCCGUAUCGAUCAGUGGCAUCGGUAUUUAUAUCUAAACAUGGGACAGGUUUAAAAAAAAAAAAAAAAAAAAAAGCUCUCUUAGAUUCUUUAUGCAAACAGAAAAGUCAACUUUAACACCGUUUACUGAAAUCUGAUUUAGAUCAUAGCAGGCGAAGGCGCGUGAAACUGAGACGACUCGUCUCUCGGUGGGUCGGGACGAACGAGUGCUGAUCCACGUGGACGGGCCCUGAAAAACGGCAGAAAGGCCUGAUUCCAAAUGUUUUUUUUUAUUAGUGUUCAGCUUGACAAACUUUCAGAAAGUGAGAUAAUGUGUGAGGGCUGAUAAAAUCAUUGUUGUUACACUUUAAAGAAGCAGUGCUGACUGAAUCCAAGUGAAUGACAGGGCAGCGGGCGGGAAUUUAGGCAUUUCUGUUUGGGCUGUUGUGUCCGGCACAAUGCAUUAAAAAACAAAUAUAAAUAGAUGGAGAUAAAAUACUGUAACCAGGGUUAAAGUAGUGACUCUGAGCUUUAGUUUAAGUGUUUUCUUUAUUUCACUUCCAAUGAACUCUGUAAUAAUUGUAGCAUUUUUAUUUUUUUUUUUCGUAUACGCACACCUAUAAAGGAUAAAAGUCCUGCACCUAUGGGACUUGUUUACCCUUAAAGCUCAGAGUCACUUCUACCUCCUUGUUACAAAGCAUUUGAGUCAAAACGAAAGUAUGAGAAUCAUUCUGCUUCUCAAAAACACUUUAAAAACUGCACCGUAAACUCAGAAACGCCUCAGUCCGGUUUUACUGCCAUAGCACCUUCCGGCCACAAGGGGGCGCACGGUAAAACACGACCUCAUAGUUCUCUGCAUCAUAACUUCUUUCUUUCUUUCGGUGGUGUUGUGUUGGUGCAGAGGAGUGUUUCCUCUGAGCCAGAAACGCAACCACAUGAUAAAGAAGAGUAAAAGUUGAGGAUGGGGCAAAGUGUUGGGACUUAAUCAUCCUUUUCACAUCGUUACAUUACAGAAUCGGUUUGAAAAAGACUCAGAGAAGGGAACAAGGAAAAAGUAAAGCUGGUAUUUUUUUUUUUUUUUUUUUUAGAUAAAACAUAUUCAAACGUCAAAGUGGAAACUCAGUUCAGUGACUCCACCGCUUUAUUCUGUCCUUCAAAUGAAAGCAGGAAAACUUCUGGUCUUUUUUUUUUUUUAAGGUCGGCAUAAUAAUUUAACAUUACCGCUUCAGUAUCUGGAACGAGCCAAGUGCUUUCCACACGCAAACAUCUCGCACCACCUCCGGUCGGAGGGUUUAGAGCGUCCGUUAGUGACGAGUUUGUAGAGCGAUGCUGGUAGAUUUUUUAAAAACUUUCUGUUUUCAAACGCAUCCGACUGACAGACGUCAACGCUGUGAAACAUCCAGCGAAACGUCUUUCUCAAACUGGAAACAACUUCUUUCUGUCCUCUGGUUCAUGCUGUUGUUGUUUGACAUUGCACAGAGUCCAAGCACUUAAGAGCAACUCCUUUUUUUUUUUUUUUAUCAUAUUUACAACAAAACAUAACAAAAUAAAACUCCCCACACAUGCCUUCAGUUAGCCGCCAGCAGCAACCGCACAACUACUACGAAGAGAUCCUCAGAUAAAGAUAUAAUAUUGUGUUAUAAAGCCAUAAAACAGAGAAAAAAUGUACAUAAUAUAUAUAAAUAUAUAUAGAUACAUAUAUAAAUACGGGCAAAUAUCACCAUUUUGAACCAAACUUGUACGUUGAAUGAAACAAGUGCUAUCAAGAUUGUGCUUUUUUGUACUCGACAACACAAAGCGUGGAAGGUAGCAUAAAGGAUUCAUUUUAAAUUCAAACAGAACAUAAAUUUGUGAUGUGUAGGGGGGUGAAAUAAUUUAAAAAAUAAUAAUAAUAAUUAUUAGUGAGAGUGCCGGUCCCGUGAAGCCAAGUUUCAAAAAAAUAUUAAAAAAAAAAUUGGGAAACCAAAGACGGAGCGACGAGGAGAAGGAAGUGGUCGUUUGUCAGACGACAACACUAAUGUGAAAUGCUUGAACACUGUUUGAAAGCGACACCUGUAUUUUUGUGAAUUGUAAAUAAACUCGCUAUGGCAGCUCCUCGCAGAAGCAGGGUCUUCUCUUGGUGCUGGCUCUCCAAGCGCUGAGAGAC